AUGCGGCCUCUCAAAACCGUGGCUAACUUGAACUUUCUGCCAACAGUAAGCAAAGGGCGCAAGCCCAAGUUCGAACUACAUCUCAAGAUUUACGAUCUCAACAAUGUCCCAUUAGUCUCUGGUGGCUCUGUAGUAAAAUGGCAUCUCUUACACUCGAUUCAUGCUGAGCACCGCGGCCGCACUCAAAAGUGCCCCAUCGCAAACCACAAGGUCGAGUUCAACUAUGCCAAGGUUGUUGGUCAUAUCCGCAUCGGCCUAGACAAAAACAACAAUUUGAACGAAUGCCCUCUCGAGCUCGAGAUCCUUCAGGAAUUGUCAUCCAGUGGCCUCAACGGCGGUCGUGAUGAGAAGAUCUUGCUGGGCACCGUCAGGCUCAACUUGAGCGAAUAUGUCGAAGAGAGCGAGGCGCUACCCCGUACGAGUGCUACUGCUGCAAACCCAGUCCGAAACGGCAGGGAGCGGACGAGCCUAGAGAAGGCUCACUUCAGAAAACGUAGCACCAGCACCAGCAUUGGCGGCGGUACUGGCGCGUCUUCAACAUCAUCCCGGCCUGCAUCUUCGAGUGGCACUCCAGCAGCUGAGGAUGCCGACGUCGAAGAGGGCAUUGCUCGGCGCUACUUGAUGCAGGAUAGCAAGAUCAACAGCACCAUCAAGAUUGGUAUCCUCAUGGUCCAAGUCGACGGAGAUAGGAACUAUGUUGCCCCGCCUCUCAAGACAGCCCCUGUGUUUGGUGGCAUCGCGGGCAUCAUGUCAGGUGACCAGGUCGAACAAGAUGACGCAGGCCAGCUGCCAUCCAUCGCCAAGUCGCGCGAGCAGGCCGAGGUGCAAGACAUGUACCGUAAAGCUCUCGCCGCCUCCUGGACCCGCCAGCCGGGCGAGCUUCCCGCCGAUCAGUGCAUCGAGGACAUCUUCGCUGGUGGCAACGGUUGGGCCGACUCGUCGGCGCAUGUUAAGCCCAAAAGCUCGCUAGUGCCGCAACGAAAUCCAUCGCAGACGAGCCAGUUCAGCCUCAGCAGCAGCGGCUAUGUGAGCAGUCGUAGCCGUGGUACCGGCGCUGGCGCUGGUCUUGACGGCGGUGCUGAGACGAGCGAUGACGGUGAAGGGAGCAGUAGUGGCCAGGCCGGCGACACCCUUCGGCCGGGCGACUACCGACGGAUGCGACGUCAACAACACCAGCCCACGCAGCAUCACGGCAGUUCCCUCAUGCAUGCCUUCUCGCCGCAAAGACAUAGACACAAGGGUAGCAAUGCUAGUGACAAGAGCGUGAGUACUGUGACGGGCAGGCAUAACAAUGGCAGCGGUUUCGGGUUCAGCAGUUAUCCGAGUAGUGGUAGCCAGAGUCGGGACGAAUCGCGACACCGGCAUGAUGACAGCGCGGCGAGUAGUCGUGACGAUCUGCUGAGGCAUGACAAUGGGCGGAGCCGGAGCGAGAGCUUGACGAGCUUGGCACCGACAAUGGGAAGUGGAAGUAGUGGCGGGCGGGGUGGCGGAAGGGGCGACGUGUUCCGACGGGCGAGAGAGUUUGAGGAGGUUGAGGUGAGGGAUGACAUGGUUGCAUGGAGCCUGCCGAGUGACAACAGAUGA